AUGGGUGAGAUCAGCCAAGGUACUGUGGAGAAAUACCUUGAGGAAAACCCUCAGUUUGCCAAGGAGUACUAUUACAAGAAGCUUCAUGUUGAUGCAGUGGGACAAAUCUUCAAGAACAGCCAGGCAGGAGUCAAGACCAGCAUGUCGUUUCCUGAGCUGACACAAGUAGAGGAGUCUGCCCUGUGCCUGGAACUGCUGUGGUCCCUGCAGGAGGAAGCAAGCAGCGCUGAGCUGAUGGCACACAGGACCCUGCAGAGGCUGGCCCAGCUGCUGCAGGCUGACCGCUGCAGCAUGUUCAUCUGCCGUGCCCGCAAUGGCACUCCAGAGAUGGCCUCCCGGCUGCUGGAUGUCACCACGACCUCCAAGUUUGAGGACAACCUGGUGGUCCCUGACAGAGAAGUUGUGUUUCCACUGGACGUUGGGAUAGUGGGUUGGGUUGCUCACACAAAGAAAGCCCUCAAUGUCCCUGACGUGAAAAAGAACAACCAUUUUUCUGACUUUAUGGACAAACAGACUGGAUAUAUCACCAGGAACUUGCUGGCCACUCCAAUCAUGAUGGGCAAGGAAGUCCUUGCUGUGAUUAUGGCAAUAAACAAACAAAAUGCACCAGAGUUCUCCAAACAGGAUGAAGAGGUCUUUUCCAAAUACCUCAGCUUUGUUUCUGUUGCCCUGAGGCUUCAGCAUACCAGCUACCUAUACAGCAUUGAGUCCAGAAGAAGUCAGAUCCUUAUGUGGUCAGCCAAUAAAGUAUUUGAAGAGCUCACAGAUGUUGAGAGACAGUUUCAUAAAGCGCUGUACACAGUGAGAACGUACCUGAACUGUGAACGCUACUCCAUCGGCCUGCUGGACAUGACUAAGGAGAAGGAAUUCUAUGAUGAAUGGCCAAUCAAGCUCGGAGAAGCGGAGCCUUACAGAGGUCCGAAGACACCAGAUGGCAGGGCAAUAAUCUUUUAUAAAAUCAUUGAUUACAUUUUACAUGGAAAGGAAGAGAUCCAAGUGAUUCCGACGCCUCCUGCAGACCACUGGACCCUCCUUAGUGGGCUGCCAACGUAUGUUGCCGAAAAUGGAUUUAUAUGUAACAUGUUGAAUGCCCCUGCAGACGAGUACUUCACGUUCCAGAAAGGACCUGUAGAUGAAACUGGCUGGGUCAUUAAAAAUGUCCUGUCCCUGCCUAUCGUCAACAAGAAAGAGGAUAUCGUGGGAGUGGCUACAUUUUACAACAGGAAGGAUGGAAAACCCUUCGACGAGCACGAUGAGCACAUUACUGAGACUCUCACACAGUUUCUUGGAUGGUCUCUUCUAAACACUGAUACCUACGAGAAAAUGAAUAAGCUAGAGAACAGAAAAGACAUUGCCGAGGAAAUGCUCAUGAGCCAGACCAAGGCAACCACUGACGAACUUAAGUCUAUUCUGAAAUUUAAAGAGAAGUUAAAUAUAGAUGUGAUUGAAGACUGUGAAGAAAAACAGCUUGUCACAAUUUUGAAGGAGGACUUGCCAGAUCCAGAGGCAGUAGGCCUAUAUGAAUUCCGCUUCAGCGACUUUCCCAUCACCGAGCACGAAUUGAUCAAAUGUGGCCUGCGACUGUUUUUUGAAAUAAAUGUGGUGGAGAAAUUCAAAGUACCUGUAGAGGUUCUUACCAGAUGGAUGUAUACAGUGAGGAAAGGGUACCGCCCUGUCACUUACCACAACUGGCGGCACGGGUUCAACGUGGGGCAGACCAUGUUUACCUUGCUGACGACCGGAAGACUAAAGAAGUACUACACGGACCUUGAAGCCUUUGCCAUGGUGGCUGCUGCUUUCUGCCACGACAUUGACCACAGAGGCACCAACAAUUUGUACCAAAUGAAAUCCACAUCUCCACUCGCCAAGCUCCACGGGACUUCUAUUUUGGAGAGGCACCACCUGGAGUACAGCAAGACCCUCCUGCAGGACGCGAGUUUAAAUAUCUUCCAGAACCUAAAUAAGCGGCAGUUUGAAACAGUCAUUCAUCUGUUUGAGGUUGCCAUCAUAGCAACUGACCUGGCUUUGUAUUUCAAGAAGAGAACCAUGUUUCAAAAAAUCGUUGAUGCUUGUGAACAAAUGGGAACGGAAGAAGAGGCCAUCAAAUACAUCACCAUCGAUCCAACCAAAAAGGAGGUCAUCAUGUGAGUACUCUGAACUGUGCUUCUCUUCCAGCAAGAACAUGAACCACACCUUUCUUCUUUGCAGGUAGCACUGCUGGUUGCCAAUGAAUUUUGGGAACAAGGAGAUCUGGAAAGAACAGUGUUGCAGCAACAACCUAUUCCUAUGAUGGACAGAAACAAAAAAGAUGAACUACCUAAACUUCAAGUUGGAUUCAUUGAUUUUGUCUGUACAUUUGUAUACAAGGAGUUCUCACGGUUUCACAAAGAAAUCACACCAAUGCUGAAUGGCCUUCAGAACAACCGAGUGGAAUGGAAAUCCCUAGCUGAUGAGUACGAUGCAAAGGUGAAGACAAUGGAAGAGGUGAAAAAGUCAGAAGAAGGAAACAUUCAUGGAAAAGCUGCCCAAGAUUCAGGAGGUGGUGCUGAUGAGGACAGAAAAUCUAAAACAUGCUUAAUGUUGUAAUACAAUCCAACUGGGCUAAAUUUUAAAUAUCAUCUUAGCUUUGAAGAGAAGUAGAAAACAUUCAAAAGAACAAUAAAUUUCACUCAGCAAACUAUUAAGUAAAAGAAUACAAAACUCUUUAGAAAAAUUACCACGAUGACCACAGAGUAUAUCCUGCUGGCCCGAAAACCCUGAAGUAAAAUAAAGUUCAAAACAAG